AUGGAGAGAGAGACAUUCAAUGCAUCUCAUAUUUGUGAUACUGAUAAUGAUCAGGGAUGGAAUCAUGCAGAACUACCUUACAUGCAUAUAGGGAGGGCUGGUGUUUCUGAAACCAAUUCUCUGGUUCGUCCCAUGGAUAAUAUUACAAUUCCAGGUGGUCAUUUUGCUUCUCAGUGGACUCCUGCUCCAAGGUCGAGUGCAUACUCUUCCUCAAUUCUCAAUUCUGAAAUGCGACAUUAUCCACCACAGGCUCCUGGUUUAUACUGUGAUCCAUUUCUUCAUCACUCUGCUAAUGGAACCUUCCAUAUGCAUCAAGAAAAUUAUUCUCAUCAUGCAUCUUCAUCCAAUCUUGGGGGGCAAACGGUCCCUGGGGUAGAUGGUGGCUUUUUUGAUCAGAGAAUGGGCAAUGAAAGAGUACCAUACAAGCGAAAAAGCCCUGGAAACCCUCCAGUGUGCGAGAGAGGCAUUACAGGCAGAUGUUACAAUGUUGGAAGUUCAUCCAAUCUCUCCUUGCCUAGUGACUCAUGGCAGGAGAAGCGGAGUACAGAAUCUCAUCCUGCACUUUGGGAGCGUCCUCCCUGUUAUAGAGGUAAUAAUAGCCUCUCUAUGGGCACUGAAGGUAUGCCGAGGAAUGUGAGAAUUAGACCUUCAGUUGACUUGGAAACCAAUUUGGCCAGGACCCACUUUUCAAGCAAUCCUGUGCAUCCUUCUCUUUCUAGUCAGUCUUCUGAUCAAUCUAGACCAGCAGAUUUCUGGGGACACAGUUCAAAUGCUCCAACAAGGGAAUGGAAUCAUAGCCUCAUAUCACCUUCUGGUCGUGGGAUGGCUUUUGCCUCGGGUUCCAGUUUCUUGAGUCAUGAUCCUAACUCACAAAAUGCGGUGAACAGUCAUCCUGCUGCUUCCCUUGAGAUUGGGGGGUACCACAACGAUGUUGCCUCAAACAGAAACACUGUUCCUCAAAAUGUACAAAGCAACAUGGGUCAAUCUGCUAGAGGAGUUCGAAGCAGUUGCAGCCAAAGGUCUGCCCCAACUUUCAGGGCUGGUUCAAGCAACCUCCGCCCUGGACAUGUGGCUGUGUCGGAUGAAGGGCCGCAAAUGGUUGCGGAAAGUUAUCACAUGAGACAACCACGAGCCUUUUCCACCAUAAGAUUGCGCAACAUUGACAGAAAUGGAAGAACUUUGAUGUCUAGUGACAGACACAGAUCAUUUACUGGGGAGGCAAGUCUCCAGGAUCAGCUGACACCUGAGGGUGUCAUGGUUGUUGACCACUCCAUAUAUUAUGGAUCCAGAAGUCUGUACGAUCAGAAUAGAGACAUGAGACUUGACAUUGACAAUAUGAGCUACGAGGAACUCCUUGCACUGGGGGAGAGGAUUGGCAAUGUAAACACUGGCUUGUCUGAUAAUUUAAUUGCGAUGUGUUUGAUGGAGUCAAUGAAUUGUUCAGACCAAUUCCAACAAGGGACGUGUGUUAUCUGUCUGGAAGAAUACAACAACACGGAUGAUGUCGGGAGGCUGAAAGUAUGCAGCCAUGAUUUUCACGUCGCCUGUAUCCGAAAAUGGUUGUCAAUCAAGAACAUGUGUCCUAUCUGCAAGGCUUCUGCUUGGGAGGACAGUGUGAAGGAGAAAUUAUGUAUUUAA